AUGGCGCUCACCAAGACCUCUCCCUGGGGCCGGGCACCUCGCCUGGCGUGGCUAGCUGGGUCAUCCCUGCUGCUGCUGCUGCUCUGGGGCCCCUCAGCAGCAGCAGCAGAAGGGGACCUGCUGCAGGAUGAGAAGCCGAUGAGGGAGCGCAGCAGAUCCAUCGGCGGCGGCAGCAGCAGCAGCCUCAACCCCCCCAGCGCUGAAGACGCAAGCGACAGAAGAGCCCGCAGAGGAGCUUCGCUCCCCCUAGAAGUGGAGAGGACUCAAGGAGUUCAGA